GCACCUUUCCCAGUAUUCAGCAUUGAAUAUAUGGCAGGUAGUGACAACAAGGGAAUAAAACCCUUCAAGUGAGUCAUGUUUGAAACUCCACUACCACUAUCCUCCAAAUCUAUACAUCCUAAUCAAUCUUGUGUUGCUCUUCUUCUUCUUCUUCUUCUUCUUCUUCUUCUUCUUCUUCACUGAUCCCUUAUCUCUUUCUGCAAGAUGGGUUCUGUUUCUCUCAAGAUAGGGGAUGGAACAGCAAGGUUCAAAAGAGCAACUCUGUGUUCUUCAGCAACCAACAUUCUCAUGAUCUUGGCUGUUAUCACCACCAAUCUCUUCGCUCUUUACUCUUUCACCGCUUCUCCUAAAGUCAACCACACCGAGCUGCUACUUCACCAAGCCCACAAGAAUUUCUCCCUCAUCUCAGAGCAGGUCACGCUCAUACUCAGAGAAAUUGACCAGUCUCAGAAGAAGCUUGCCCAGAUAGAGAAAGAGCUUCUCGGCUAUGACAGCGUCGAUCUUUCGAGACCCAAUAUCGCAAUUGAGCUUAAACUCUUCCUCAAACGCCACCAGCUUCCUCUAGGCAAGGAUUCCAAAACUGGAAUCACUGAAAUGGUUUCCUCUGUUGGCCACUCCUGUGAGAAAUAUAUGGAGUUCUUGUCUCAGUACAUGGAGUACAAGGCUUUUGGAGCUUGCCCUGAUGAUUGGAGCAUGGCACAGAAGCUGAUUUUGAGAGGGUGUGAGCCUCUUCCUAGAAGGAGGUGUUUUUCAAAGACUAUUUCUAAGGUAGGGGUUUACCCUUUUCCCUCUUCACUUUGGAAACCUGUUGCUAAUAAAACUGUUAAUUGGAGUGGUCUUGGGUGUAAGAAUUUUGGAUGCUUGAAGGGUAAGAAAUUAAGCAGAGAAUGCAUUACUUGCUUUGAUUUGGUUAAUGGGUAUGAGAAUCAUAGGUUUAUCAAGGCUAAGAGUAAGAAUGAUUUUCUCAUUGAUGAUGUGUUAGUGUUGGCAAUGGGAAGUGGUGGAAUUAGAAUAGGACUUGACUUGGGAGGUGGGUCUGGAUCCUUUGCUGCUACUAUGGCUGAAAGGAAUGUUACAGUGGUUACUACCACCCUGAACAUUGAUGCUCCAUUCAGUGAGUUCAUUGCAGCAAGAGGGCUUUUUCCUCUUUACUUGAGCUUAGAUCAUAGGUUCCCAUUCUAUGACAAUGUGUUUGAUUUGGUUCGUGCUUCAAGUACUUUGGAUGUUGGAGGAGAAAAGCCUGAGAAGUUGGAGUUUUUGAUGUUUGACAUUGAUCGUGUUUUACGGGCUGGUGGUUUGUUUUGGCUGGACAAUUUCUAUUGUGCUGAUGAAGAGAAGAAGAAAGCAUUGACUCGGUUGAUUGAAAGGUUUGGAUAUAAGAAGUUGAAAUGGGUUGUGGGAGAGAAGGUUGAUGCUCUUGGAUCAGGCAAAACUGAAGUUGUGUUAUCUGCUGUUCUUCAGAAACCUGUGAGGGUGUAAAGAUGAAUCCAAUAAAGGGUGAAAGGUGAGAAUAAUUGUGCUUCUGCUAGCUCUGUUUCACAGACAAUCUGUGUGAAAUGUGAAUGAGUAACUUGUAACAUAAUCAGAGCCCAUUAGAAGUGGAAUAAGUGCUUGAAUGGUUGUAUUUUAAGAGAUGUUGUAUAUCUUAUUCAGGCACUAGGUUCUUUUAGUUAUCUUGUAGUUGAUAAAUUGCUAGUAAAUGUAAAAUGAAUUACAUUUUUAAAGUUAUAAAGUUUACUCAAUUUUAAACUA